CUCUCUCGCUGCUCACAAAUCCCCGCCUAAACUGACGUUGUGAUAGAGAGAGAGUAGAGAGAGAGUAAGGGGUCAACUGAAGCAAGACGUGCUGAUUCAAACUGCAGGCUGUAAAACACUUGAGAUUAAUGCAAAAGAGGUAACAAUUUGGUAUAGGAAUGACAUCAUAGCUAUGAAUCGUCUUUCUUCUUCUCCUUUCUCACCAUUGUAAACAACGAUAUAUAAGAUCAGGAACUAACUGGUUAUCAUCUGAAUCUCUAUAUGUAUUCAACUUCAAUUUUGCUAUUCCGAUCCAGAUUUCAUUCAAAUCUGUUAUUUCUUCUUUCUGUUUAAUUUCUCUGGAUGUUGUUAUUGUUACGGUUAUGGAUCACCAAACGGAUGAAGAUAAUAGUAGUAGAUCACGCGAAGCAACAACGAUUUCACAGAGCUCUGCUAAUCCGAUUGAUUCUGUUGUGAUUGUUGUGAUAAGAGAAGAAGACGAAGGAAAUUCAUCCGUAACCGCUACGGAUCUCGUGAAUAAAGUAAUUACUUCAGAUCCGUGUUCAAUAUCUAAUAAUUCGUUGGAGGAAACUGUUGUUGUUGACUUGAUCAAGGUGAAUAAAACGUCAUGUGUGAUUGAUUUGAAACCUAAUAAUUAUAAAGAAGAUGAGAAAAUCGGCGAGUAUUCUGGAGGAGACGAGAGAGUUUGCAGGAUCUGUCACUUGAAUUCUGAACAAUCUAGGGAGAUGAUGACAACUAGAGCUGGUUUGAUUCAACUUGGUUGUGGAUGUAAAGAUGAACUUGGUAUCGCCCAUGGACAUUGUGCUGAAUCUUGGUUUAAGAUAAGAGGGAAUAGGCAGUGUGAAAUAUGUGGAGAAACAGCAAAGAAUGUAAUGGGUGUUGGGGAUUAUAGAUUCAUGGAAGCAUGGAACCAAGCCGGACCUCACGGUGGUGGUGGCAGUGGCACCGGCGCCGGCGCCGGUGGAUUAUCAGAUGGGUCUGAAAGAGGGUGUUGCAGAAGGCAACCAUUUUGUAACUUCUUGAUGGGAUGUCUGGUAAUUGCCUUUGUGUUGCCAUGGUUUUUCAGAGUAAAUAUGGUUUGAUCAUCUCACUAUUUUUAUUUUAUUUUAUUGUGAUUACAUCAUCUAGAUUCAACUUUGUUACAAAAAAAAGAUUACAUCAUCUACCAGACAUGUGAUUUUUUUUAUUUAUUUAUGUUUGAUUUUGGUUAGAAGAUACAAAUCAAAUAAUGAGAGGAACUUGGUUUAUAUUAUUUUUAUAUGAUAAUA